AUGAUCAUUUUUUUUAAUAGUGUCGGUGAACUUGUAAUGUUACGAAAGACAUGUAGAAGAUUCAAUAAUAUCAUUAAUGUUGUCAUUAGAGAUGAACUUGAAUUUAAUAAAUAUAUUUGGAAUUUCAAGUUCAAAUUUACUUACAAAAGUAAUAAUGGAAUUACAUAUGAAAUAACUAAAGGAUUAAGAGGUCAUAUAAAUAUUAAUAAUUUAUUAAAUCAAAAUUUUGUUGAAAUUGAAAUUGAUGAAGAAAAAUUUUAUAAUAUAAAAGUUUUAAAAGGAAGAUACCUCUCUAACGUUUCUAACUUAAAUCUCAACGCUUUACCUUCCGUAAAGCCGAAAUUCACAUGGAGAUACCUCCCUGGAUGCUUUGGAGUUUGGACCUCAAAAAUUGGUUCCAUUCACCAACUUCGAACUAAUUUAAAAGUUUCGAAACCGAAUUAUAGUUUCGAAGGGCAACUGGGCAACAUUAGAAAUAUUCGUUUUUUUUUAGCCAAUCAGAGUAGCUAUCUGAAAAAAAAAAGAAGGUCCGAACUCGAUCAAUUUAGUUGAAUAUCUUUUAAAAUGUAAUUAUCCUUCAUUA